GAAUGUACCGAGGUUGAUUACGCCAGAGAUAAGAUUAGUACCUCGCGUUUCCAUGUUUAUUACUAACAUUCAGUUACCGAACUGCUACCAAACCCAAUCGUUUCCCGCUGGAUCAUUCAAUUAUAUUGUUUUUACCUCGCAGUACUUUAUUCUAAUUCCUCAUAUAAUUCACUAGGCAGAAGAGUCCGACAGGAUUCUCUCGUUGCCAAUAUGGCCGAUCCCAAGCUGUCAAAGAUACCGGCCUGGCAACAUGCACAGUAUGAGAAGGAAAAAGAUGCGCCGGAAAAUAGCAACUCUCAGGAUGUCGAUGCCACAGAAGUUACCCUCGACCAAGCCCGAAAGUUUCUAAAGGACGAGACGGUUCAGAACUCGAGUAUAGAUAAGAAAAGGGAAUUCCUUAAGGGCAAGGGACUUGACGACACGCAAAUCCAACAAUUGUUAGAUGAAGUCGAGCAAGAUACACAGGCUCCAAACCCGCCCACGACUAAUGAACCCAACGACGAGGCAAACGGGAAACAGGCCGCUGAAGGAAAUAGAGAUACCGAGAAGAUUGUCCAAGCAGCUUCAUCCUCAACAAGCAACUUGGCACCAAUCAUAACCUACCCCGAGUUCCUAACUACUGCGCCUAAACCAGAACCUCUCAUCACACCCUCUCGUCUCGCCAACAUCCUCACCGUCUCCGGCAGCAUAUGGGCUCUACUCUACGGCACCGCACGCUUCGCCAUCAACCCUAUGAUUGGCAACUUGAACGACGCGCGAACCGAGUACUACGCACACGUAAGCGAGAAGCUAGGGCAACUAGUGGAGAAGCUCGAGGAGACUGCCAGCGAAGUCCCGUAUCGCAACGGCAAGCCGUUGAAGUCGAGGCCGGACGAAGGUUCGUACGCAGACGACGAGAGCACCUUCAGCGAUCCCACCGAGCUCUUCCACCGGGACAUCGGCACGCAGACCUCGCCGGUGAUGCUGAACCAGGAGUUCGGGUCCAGCACGAACAGCCUAGCCGACAAGCCCAUCGACCGCCAAGCCCGCCGCCUUACCGCCCUCCGCGCCUCCCUGCGCGAGAUAAGCGACAUGCACGUGCGCCACGCCGAGGGCGCCGCGGACCUGAAUUCCCUCCUGCGCGAAGUCCGCGACGAGGUCGACAAGAUAGGUCUUCCGCCCAUGAUGGACUUUUCCUCGUUCCACGGCGGCCUGGGCUACGGCCGCAGCACCGAGCCCGCGGACGAGGUGAAGAAGACCAAGGAUGCCAUCCGCAGCGUCAAGGGCAUGUUCUUGAGCUCGAGAAGCUUCCCUACCACGACGACGCGAUAGGAAAAGAGAGAGAGCCGACUUCUUAAAUUGGCGCGAUAGUCCGGCUGCGGAGAACUGCGCUCAGGCUGUAUCUCCUAAGUUAAGCCCCUCGCGUCCGGACUCUUUGCCAUAGGAUACUAAAGCUCUAGAGGUUGGCGAUGAUGGGAUACGUGUCCGUAUUGUUGGUGCUUGUUGCCGUACUUCUGAGUGCAAAGUAUCACAAUAGAAUCUUGCUCCUCGAUGUCCGGGGCGUUCGAGUUCUGCCAAUACAUAGCACCCCACCAACGCUGGCAACUUACGGGGCUUGGAGGUAAUUUAUUCAACGCCGCUUAAGUGGCCUUUAAUCAGAACGAGGGCUAUGGGCCGCGUAGUACUAGAAGAAGGAAAUACUACGUCUAGUUCAGCAAGGUUGGGUUGUGACCAUGCCCUUGGCGGACUGCGAUGGCAACCUAAUUUAUAAUGAGAAUGUGGACUCGAGUGUUAUGAUAGUGAAUUUGCUCUGGGGAUUGGUGUUAGAUAUCGUUAGGGUAAUGGGCGCAUGGAAAUGGUUCUACUUUUUGGCCUGUAUGUGGCAUCGAUAGGGAGCAGAGUGCCUUGAGUCUGUUAAAAAUAAGUAAUGAAUUACCAAUUUAUACCCCCUGGGCUA